AUGCCUGUCACACUAGGCUUGCAGAGUCGAUUUGGACAGCUUCCAGCGGGGCCUCUUCUCGUUCCUACUUCUAUCUCCGCAUCCAAAUACGCCCGCGAGCAGAGACACCUCCUUUGCCCUUGCCAGGGCAUCCACGUCACGAGAAGCCCCUCCCCCCCGCCCACCCCUCCAUCCUCCCCCUCUUCCUCUUCCUUACCGACUCCCGCACCCUCAACACACGCCGUCAUGGCGCGCUUACUCUACCGCAUCCUCCGCGUAGUGAAUUUCGUUGGUUCAGUAGAAGAGUCGCAGCUGCGCGGCGCGAUGCGCAGUUCCGCCGUCAUGUCUCGCCUGCAGUCCAUGAUAGCCGCCGACCUUGACAAGCCACUAUCUUACGCCCUCCCCCUCACUGGAAACGCCAUGGCGCCUCUCCUCAACGCCGACGUCCCUGACAUGAACGCCGUCGCCGACCGUCUCAUCAUUCGCCGCCUUUCAGGUAACACCCAGUCCUUCCUCAAUUGCGUCUACGUUAAUGAUGUUGUCGUCAUCCGCGACCCUAACGACGCGAGGAGGAAGUACGUCAGAAGGAUUGCCGGUUUAGAAGGCGCCCACAUGGCUAGCGAUAAUGACGAUGACCCGUCGUUCCGCGUCCCCCCGCGCCACUGCUGGGUCGCACGCGACAAUCAGGAUGCGACUGCCGCGCCAGACUCAACAUUAUUUGGUCCCCUGUCGCUGGAUUAUAUCAUUGGCCGUGUCAUGUACGCCAUACGCAGCGCGACCGACCACGGUCGCGUCCCCAACUCGUCGUAUGCCAUGGCUAGUGAUUCCAUCGUCUUGGCGCAGGAGCCAAUUACUAUGCAUCUGCACCCCCCUCCAGAAGAAAAGUCUUCCGCACAGGGAAAGGGAGGCCCCCUUGAAAAACUUUUGGUAACUAGCAUCUGUCGUAUUGAAAGCUCCCUCUUCCGCCUCCUCCUGUGUUUGUCGUCUCGAUGA